AUGCCAAUGGGAACAUCUCUGCUCAUUGAAGAGACCGGGACCACCGAUUUCGGAGGCGUGCUGUUGCGAUACUAUGCCGCAGAAGGACUUGUACAGGGGCAUCACGUUCACUUGCUGGGCUUUGGUGACGCCUGGCGCAGGGAACUUCCAGGACUCGGAAGUCUGGAUGGCUCCAAGAGCAGUGGGAAAUCUACGUCGUCCUCGGAUGACAAGAUGAAGAUCGCCUGGCGUUAUGAGACACUUGGGCAGCGCAACGUGCCGGCCAGAGGCAUAUCCUCAAGCCAACUUUUCGCGACACCAGUCGAUGGUCCCCUGGCUUCGCCAACGCAAACUCCAUUCCACAAGUUCAUUGCAGAUGUAACCUCGAAAAUCAAGAACUCACCUCCUUCGACCAUCCACAGGAUUGUGGUUCCCAGCCUACUCUCACCCACGCUCUACAACUCCGCUGCCAGCCAGCCUCGCGAGAUUCUCAAAUUCCUGCAUGCGCUGCGAGCUCUUCUGCGACAGUUCCCAACCCAAGUUACUGCCAUCGUGACCAUCCCUGUCACACUCUUUCCGCGAUCAACUGGACUCACGCGAUGGAUGGAGCUAUUGUCUGACGGAGUCCUCGAGCUUAUUCCUCUGCAGCACCAGGCCCCAAUCACCCGGGAGCCAGGAAGCGAGGACAAAGGCCAAGGCCUUUUGCGCGCCCACAGUCUCCCUGUGUUCCAUGAGAAGGGCGGUGGCUUGGAGGGUACGUGGAACCGGGAGAACCUCUCGUUCAAGCUCAGUGGCUCGAGUGGGCUGGUCAUUACGCCUUUCAGCCUUCCCCCUAUCGGAGACGAGGAAGAGACCCCUAAGCAUUCUAAACAAAACGAACCGAAAAAGGAGAGCCUCGACUUUUGA